AGGAGCUGGAGCUGGAGCUGGAGCUGGAGCUGGAGCUGGAGCUGGAGCUGGAGCUGGAGCUGGGAGGGAGGGGGUGCGCGCGCGCGCUGUACCUGGCGCUGUCCUCGGGGCUCCGCGUCGCCAGGACAACGGGGCCUCGCCGCCGCCAUGGUUUUCUUAAAUAAUGACGAAGGCCUUAUUAACAAAAAAUUACCCAAAGAGCUUCUGUUAAGAAUUUUUUCUUUCUUGGACAUAGUUACUUUGUGUCGAUGUGCACAGGUUUCCAAGGCAUGGAAUGUUUUAGCUCUGGAUGGAAGCAAUUGGCAAAGAAUAGACCUUUUUAACUUUCAGACAGAUAUAGAGGGUCGUGUUGUGGAAAAUAUGUCGAAAAGGUGUGGUGGGUUCCUGAGACAACUUAGUCUGAGAGGAUGUCUUGGUGUUGGAGACUCUUCCUUAAAGACCUUUGCACAGAACUGUAGAAACAUCGAACACUUAAAUCUAAAUGGGUGCACAAAAAUCACUGACAGUACGUGUUACAGUCUUAGCAGAUUCUGUUCCAAGCUGAAACAUCUGGAUCUGACAUCUUGUGUAGCCAUCACAAACAGCUCUUUGAAAGGUUUAAGUGAGGGUUGCAGAAAUCUGGAACAUUUGAAUCUGUCCUGGUGUGAUCAGAUUACAAAGGAUGGUAUUGAAGCACUGGUGAAAGGGUGUAGUGGACUAAAAGCACUAUUUCUUAGAGGUUGCACACAGUUGGAAGAUGAAGCCCUGAAACACAUUCAAAAUCACUGUCAUGAACUUGCAAUCCUGAAUUUGCAAUCCUGCACACAAAUUUCAGAUGAGGGUAUUGUAAAAAUCUGUAGAGGAUGCCAUAGACUUCAGUCACUGUGUGUUUCUGGCUGUAGCAACCUUACAGAUGCUUCUCUCACAGCACUUGGUCUAAACUGCCCAAGGCUGAAGAUUUUGGAAGCUGCAAGAUGUUCACAUCUUACAGAUGCUGGUUUUACCCUUCUAGCACGGAAUUGCCAUGAGCUGGAGAAGAUGGACUUGGAAGAAUGUGUUUUGAUAACUGACAGCACAUUGAUACAACUUUCUAUACACUGUCCUAAACUACAGGCAUUGAGCUUAUCUCACUGUGAAUUGAUCACUGAUGAUGGGAUUCUUCAUCUGAGCAACAGUACGUGUGGUCAUGAGAGGCUCCAAGUGCUGGAGCUUGAUAACUGUCUUCUCAUCACUGAUGUAACUCUGGAACACCUGGAGAACUGCCACAACUUGGAGAGAAUCGAGCUGUAUGACUGUCAGCAAGUCACGCGGGCUGGAAUCAAAAGAAUCCGAGCUCAUCUACCUCACGUGAAAGUUCAUGCUUACUUUGCUCCAGUAACUCCCCCUCCUUCGGUAGGAGGGAGUGGACAGCGCCUCUGCAGAUGCUGUAUUAUUCUUUGACAGUAAGUAAGUGCAACCACACUUUUUUUGUUGUUGUUG